ACAGAAGGCGGCGAAGAAGAACGAGGAGAAUGCUAAUCGGAAAAUAAGAGAGACGGGUUCUGUUUAGUUAACGUUAAAACAACGCUGUUACCUCGAACUGCCCCUCUUGAACAGAGCUGCAUCAUAACCGCUAAACUAUGACAGAGCCUCAGUCAGCGCUGUUACUCAGGAGACAGCUCGCAGAGCUGAACAAAAACCCAGUGGAGGGAUUCUCAGCAGGCCUCAUCGAGGACAAUGAUCUGUACAGAUGGGAAGUCCUCAUCAUCGGGCCUCCAGACACACUCUAUGAAGGCGGUGUGUUUAAAGCUCAUCUGACAUUUCCCAAGGACUACCCCCUCAGGCCUCCUAAAAUGAAAUUUAUCACAGAUAUUUGGCAUCCUAACGUUGACAAGAACGGAGACGUAUGCAUUUCUAUUUUGCACGAGCCGGGCGAGGACAAGUACGGCUACGAGAAACCAGAGGAGCGCUGGCUGCCCAUCCACACUGUAGAAACCAUCAUGAUUAGCGUUAUCUCCAUGCUGGCAGACCCAAACGGGGACUCGCCAGCCAACGUGGAUGCUGCGAAAGAGUGGAGGGAAGACAGACAUGGAGCAUUCAAAAGGAAAGUCGCCCGUUGUGUACGAAAAAGCCAAGAGACGGCGUUUGAGUGAUAUUUAUCAAGGAUCUAGCUUCUUUUCUGUUUUCAGGGUCUCCAAAUUUGAAAUUCAAGAUGGCACUGUUUCCUGCACUCUUCCACCCUGUCGCCAGGCUUGUCCUCCUUCAUUUUUGGCUGGAACAGACUGGCAACUGUAGGCUGCAAUAUAACAUUAAAGUGACUACCGAGGCUGACAGAAAAAAAAACAAACAACAACCCGCCAAGCAAGUGCCAACAUACAAAAAAAAAAAAA